GACUGAUGCUGCAGCGGCGUUUCAACGACUUCCUGAAAUCAGCUCCUCUUCCCCAAACAUUUGGUCGAGUUAGAAACUCUCAGAAACAUUGGUUUACCAAUUAAAUGAGACUUCUGUGAAGAUUUAAUGCAGAUUUAAAGGCAGUAUUUUGGGUUUUCACUUUUGAAGUAGAUCAUCUAGUCUAACGGAUAAAUAAUGAACUGCGGUCUUGUGACUGAGAAAAACGAGCCAGUGCCUCUGAAGAGCAUCUCAGUGGAGGUUCGGGUUCAGGAUCAUGUAGCCACAGUCUCCUCCACUCUGCAGUAUGUGAAUGAGGAAGAGCGCCCCCUGGAGGCCUUGUUCGUCUUCCCUCUGCCUGCUGAUGCUGCUGUCUGCCACUUCAGUGCCAAGAUCGGAGAGCAGGAGAUUGUGGCAGAGGUGCAAGAAAGAGAAACUGCGAGGGAUCGUUAUGAUGACGCUGUGAGUUCGGGUCAGCAGGCGUUUCUGUUGGAAGAGAGCAAAGAGAGUCCUGAUGUGUUCAGACUGAGUGUCGGGUGUCUGUCGCCGGGUCAGAACGCUGCCGUCACCAUCAUCUACGUCACCGAGCUCGCUGUGCAGGCCGACCACUCGCUGCGCUUCUGUCUGCCGGCUGUACUCAACCCCCGAUACACACCAGCAGGUUCAGCUGCUGGGAUAGUCUCAGAGAUUUCAUCAGGAUGUGGAUCUGUUCCCUACACGCUGACUCUCAGUGUCCAUGUGAGCUCUCCAAAGCCCAUCUCCAAACUAGAGUCCAGCUGCACUCUGGAUCCUCUAGUGUUCCUCCACUCUGAUCACACUCAGGCGACGGUGAAUCUGAGUCCUGGUCACAUGUUUGAUAAGGACGUUGAGCUGUUUGUGUUCUAUCAGGAUACCCAUCAGCCCUCUGCUAUAGUGGAGGCAGGAGUGACCACUGCCCCAUCAGGCUCUCUGAUGAGGGACCCAGUGGUCAUGAUAAGUUUGUACCCAGAGUUCCCAGAGGAAGUGAUGUCAUCACUGGCAACACAAGGAGAGUUUAUUUUUGUGAUGGACAGAUCAGGCAGUAUGAGCAACACGCGGAUAGAAAGUGCAAAGGACACUCUGCUGUUACUGUUGAAGAGUCUGCCCAUGGGAUGCUACUUCAACAUCUAUGGAUUUGGCUCUCGUUUUGAGUCCUUCUACCCUAAGAGUGUUAAGUACAAUCAGAAAACUAUGGAUCAGGCUCUGAAGAGAGUGAAGAAAAUGAAAGCAGACUUGGGCGGCACCAAGAUUUUAGAGCCUCUAAAACACAUCUACAGUCAGCCCUGUUACCCAGACCACCCCAGACAGCUGUUCAUCUUCACUGAUGGAGAGGUGAGAAACACUAAAGAGGUGCUGGACCUGGUGAAACAUCAUGCUCACUCUCACAGGUGUUUCUCAUUCGGGAUUGGUGAGGGUGCAAGUACCGCCCUCAUCACAGGAAUGGCCAGGGAGGGAUCUGGUCACGCUCAGUUCAUCACAGGCACCGACCGCAUGCAGCCCAAAGUGAUGCAGUCCCUCAGGUUUGCGCUGCAGCCCGCUGUGGUUAAUAUCUCUGUGGAUUGGACCCUUCCAGAUGGCAUUACUGUUGACACACUGUCUCCACCCAUCAAUGUGCUCUUCCAGGGUCAAAGGUCACUCAUUUACGCCCACCUUAAAGGAGAGAGCUCAGGAGGCUCUGAGGGAACAGUGACAGUCAAAUACAGUCUUAAAGAUCAACCAGUAACAAACCAGCUCCACUUCUGCCUCAAACCAACUGAGGAAACAGGGUUGGCCGUCCACCGGCUGGCGGCUCGAACCCUGAUCCGUUCUCUGGAGCAGAAGGAAAGGUCAGGUGAUGCAGAUGUUGAGAGCGUCAGGAGCAGGAUAGUGGAGCUCAGUGUUCAGGCAGGAGUGAGCAGUGUUCGUACAGCCUUCAUUGCCAUUAAUAAAGACAGCAGACAGACUGUGAAAGGACCCCUGCUGCAGAGAAGAGUGCCCACACAAGGGACGGCUUAUGGAUUAUUGUCUGAUCUCAAACGACGUGGUUUAGAUAUAUACUCUCAACCAUCUGAGUAUAGGCCACGGAGUCAGCUGCGCUACAUGUGUGUUGAUGAGUCUUUUCUAGGCCCACAAUCUGCUCAGCCACAGGCCCCUGAACGUACUAAGUCUAAAUCACUGCUGGGGAGUCUACGUCAAGCCCUGUUUAAAAAUCAAGAUUCCCAGAAGUUUAUACAGUCAGAGAGGAAGGAUGCCCAAAAUAGUCGAAAUGGUGAUCUUUAUUCUACACUUUUAGUGAAUGAUCGCGCAAGUUAUUCAUCACGUUCAAGAUUAAGAACAUAUGAGCCUACCAGAUAUUGCAGAGAUCCUAUUCUGGCGUCACAUCAAGCAAGUUCUCUAGACAAACAAAGGGACCUGUUAGUUCAGCUGGUUUCUCUCCAGAAGGCGUCAGGCUGCUGGGAGCUGGACGCCACACUGGCUGAUGUGUUUGGGAAGAUGGAGGAUGAACUGACCAAUCAGAAACCAGCACAGGUGGAUGGGUCAGUAUGGGCCACUCUCCUGGCUCUGAUCUGGUUAUACGGCUGUAAAAUAGAGCAGCAGGUCGAGUGGCAGUUUGUGGCCAUGAAGGCAGCGUCAUGGAUCGGCUCUCAGAAAGUGGGCGAUCUGUCUCGGUGUGUGUGUGAGGGUAAUGUCCUGCUCGGAUGUCAUGUGACCAAAGAGGCUCUGGGAAUCUGAAGACAUCAGUGUUUCUACUUCAGAAGACAAAAGAUCUGUUGUUGUUUCAUUUUCUGUAACUGAACUCUGCUUCAUGUUUUAUUAACAUUUAGACCAUAUUAUAAGCGUAACAAAUUCUUGUUUUGAGUCACUCUGACCCAAAAACACAUUUUGAGUUUUGUCAUAUGACGUAUUUUUGUAGACCAAAACCCUGAAGAAAGUGGGUUUUUGGCUAAAUGCCGAACUGGUAAACUCAUCUACUCACUAGUCCACUUUCACAGCGUUGUUGUCUUUAUAAUCACAUUAUCAUAUGUAAUUAUAAUUGUAACUUGAAUUUUUAGGAGAAAUGUUUUUAAACAAAGACUGGACGAGUUGUCAGAAGUUUAGUGAUGGUAACGUUGAAGUCACAUGACCAUGGUGCCUACCUUUAGCUUUUUUUUCUUUUGUCGAUUAUAUUUACACUUUAAGAUUCAUAAAGUUGUGAAGAUUAUCACAAUGAACAAAACAUGUAAGAAUCAUAAGCUUUUGUUAGUCACAGACCUUAUUUUCUGCAAUAAUUCAAAAGCCAAAAGAAAAAUCCUAUUGGGUUUUUGAGGAGGAAUCAGUGUGAUGCUAACUACCAGGGGCCAGUUGAAUAAACAGCCAUUAUGUUAAGACUGUGUCUUAAGAACUAGUUUGACCAACGAACAGUUAGUUAGGGGUAAUCAGUCUUACUUUUCGUUAUUAAAUUAGACCAAUCUAAGUUUUUAUAUAACUGAUUUAAAAAAGUUAUGAACAGUCUUAAAGAAAAAAAAUUGAUGACUCGCUUGUAAGACUAGACUUAGAAGUUUAUGCAACCGGCCCCAGGUUGGCCUACAAAAAUAUGUCAUUACUGCAGCACUCUAUUGCAGGAUUUUACUAUGUGCCCAAUUUUGAAUCCCUGACAAAUUUUAAACCCACUGCCUGGUUGCCUAACCCCACCCCUAAUUCUAACUCCACCCCCUAAUCCUAAACCUGCCAAGGGGUUUAUAAAUUAACCCUAACUACUAAGGGUAUGCACGUGACGUCACCGUCGACCGUUACGACUGCGGUUACGCCGCUGAGUGGCAAAAGGCUGAGCGGCAGCAUUGGCUUUCAGCGUGAAUGUGGCGAAAAACACACAAAACACAUCCAA